AUGUUGGCCAGAAUCUCUACGUCGCUCGUUGCGACUCUGCUGCUCUCAUCGACUACUCUCGCUGCGCCUACACAAACACAUUGUCGCUGCGAAAUCGUUGCUGAUAUGCCGUCUUCAUCCGUUCCCGCUUCUGCUGCCUACACACCCUCCGCCGCACAUUGGUCACCAGCAGACCCUUCGCAAAGUCCUGUCGCAGCACUCAAUGUAUGCGCAAGCCUAGGAUCGGAAUUACAGAAACUGCAACACACAGAGCCGGAGCUGUAUGACUCGUAUAUGGCGGGUGCUAUCAAGGAUGCGCCGCAGAAGCCGAACAACAGCUCUCCUGAGCCAGUAUCCGAGAAGAGCAGCCUGCGCUUGACUGGUGCAGAAAGGCGUCUCCUAGCCAUUCCCACUGGUCCCCAGGAAGCAGAUUCAGUGUUCAGCCCAGGCGCAGAGAAGAAGCUACGAGCGUACGAGACGACACGAUACUUUGUCACACAGGCAUCGAGUGGACGGAGAGAGUUCAUUGCGUAUGACGAUGAUAGUGAUGAUGAGGCGAACAGGCCUGUGAUGUAG